AUGAAAGUCGCUCUCAUCGCUCUACUAGUGGCCUCUUCGGCCUACGCCCAGGUUGGCGUCGGCCUCAACACUCGCGUCGGAAGAGAUGUGGAGAAGCAGAUGCACCAGGAGCACAAAAUUGAGUCCCGCCAAGUAAACGUUGGAGCUAGCGGCCGAGUUGGCCGCGAUGUUGAGAAGCAGAUGCACGAGGAGCAGCACAAGAUUGAAGCUCGCCAAGUGAACGCUGGAGUCGGCGGCCGAGUUGGCCGCGAUGUUGAGAAGCAGAUGCAUGCUGAGACGAAGGUUGAGCGCCCCGCCCGUCAGGUGUCCGUUGGAGCAGGUGGACGCGUCGGACGCGACGUCGGGAAGCAGAUGCAUGAGCAGCACAAGAUUGAAACCCGCCAAGUUCAAGCCGAUCUGAACACCCGUGUCGGACGCGAUGUCGAGAAGACGAUGCACGCCGAGAAGGUUGAGCGCCCCGCCCGUCAGGUGUCCGCUGGAGCUGGCGGACGCGUCGGACGUGAUGUUGAGAAGCAGAUGCACCAGGAGCACAAGAUCGAAACCCGCCAAGUCCAGGCCGGACUCAACACCCGCGUCGGCCGCGAUGUCGAGAAGACGAUGCACUCCGAGAAGGUUGAGCGCCCCGCCCGCCAAGUGUCUGCCGGAGCCGGUGGACGUGUCGGCCGUGAUGUUGAGAAGCAGAUGCACGAACAGCACAAGAUCGAGACCCGUCAGAUCAACGCUGGACUGAACACCCGUGUCGGACGCGACGUCGAGAAGACGAUGCACGCCGAGAAGGUUGAGCGCCCCGCCCGUCAGGUGUCCGCUGGAGCUGGUGGACGUGUCGGACGUGAUGUCGAGAAGCAGAUGCACCAGGAGCACAAGAUCGAGACCCGCCAAGUUGCCGCCGAUCUGAACACCCGUGUCGGACGUGAUGUUGAGAAGACGAUGCAUGCGGAGACCAAGGUUGAGCGCCCCGCCCGCCAGGUUUCCGCUGGAGCCGGAGGACGUGUCGGACGUGACGUCGAGAAACAGAUGCAUGAGCAGCACAAGAUCGAAACCCGCCAAGUCAACGCGGGAUUGAACGCUCGUGUCGGACGCGAUGUUGAGAAGACGAUGCAUGCUGAGACGAAGGUUGAGCGCCCCGCUCGUCAAGUAUCUGCCGGAGCUGGCGGACGUGUCGGACGUGAUGUUGAGAAGCAGAUGCAUGCUGAGACGAAAGUUGAACGACCUGCCCGCCAGGUGUCCGCUGGAGCCGGUGGACGUGUCGGACGUGACGUAGAGAAGACCAUGCACAACGAGGAGCACAAGAUCGAAACCCGCCAAGUCCAAGCCGGCCUGAACACCCGCGUCGGACGCGACACCGAGCACCAGAAGCCCGCCCAGAUUCGUGAGCGCAGACAGCUGCUCGGAGGCGGAUACGGAGGCGGCGUCGGAGUCCAGCCUGGUGUUGGCCUCAACACCGGCCUCGGACUCAACCUCGGCCGC